AACACUAAAUCAGAACUCAACUAUGUUGAUCCAAAUCUUCGUCAAGAGGAUUUUUUGUCGAUUUUCAAUAAAAUUGCAAGCUCCAUAGAAGAUGGUACCAACUUAUUUAGUGAGGAUGAUUUGUUCUCUGUUCUUAAAGAACUUACAGAAGACAAUGCGACCGAUUCUUCGGAAGAACUAGAAGAUCUUGUUAGUGAAAAUUUGUUAAAUUUGAAAGUUAAAAACUUCAUAUCUUUAUCUUCUAAGUUAGAGUCUAAUGAAUCAUUAAAUAUGAGUGAAGAUAUUAUACAUGGUAAUAAAAAUUUUGAUGUAAAUGAUUUAAUUAGUGAUACUGUUAACAUCACUUCAUUUCGAUAUAUAUCCUCUUCAAGAGUAAAUAUUACACCCAAAAACAUUUGUGAACAAAUUUUAAACCUUGCAAAAAAAGAUAUGACACCCUCGCAAAUUGCUGUAAAUCUUCAAGGCAUGUAUAACAUUAGACCGACUAGAAAUAUUACUGUAAACAAAAUUCUACGAAUCUUGAUGUGUUAUG